UGCGGGGCAGCCUGCACGGAGUCCGGGGGGUCCGCCGCGCCCUCGGGCCCCGGCCCCCGCGGCGACGCCGCCCCUGAGACCCUCGGCAGCCUGCAGACUCAGCUCGAGACUCAGAACAGCAGGAUUGAGCAGCUCUUCCACAAGGUGGCCCGGCAGCAGCGGCACCUGGAGAAGCAGCAGCUGAAAAUAGAGACUCUGCAGAGCCAGGUGAGCCUCCUGGCCCCCAUGCACCUGAGCCACAGGAUGGCCAAGCCUAGCAGAAGGAAGAGGCUACCCAAGAUGGCACAGCUCGCUGGCCCUGCUCACAAUACCAGCCGCCUGCACAGGCUGCCCAGGGACUGCCAAGAGCUGUUUGAAGAGGGGGAGCGCCAGAGCGGACUGUUCCAGAUCCAGCCUCAGGGGUCCCCACCCUUCCUGGUUAACUGCAAGAUGACCUCAGAUGGAGGCUGGACUGUGAUUCAGAGGCGCCAGGACGGCUCCGUGGACUUUAACCAGCCCUGGGAAGCUUACAAGGCUGGCUUCGGAGACCCCCAAGGCGAGUUCUGGCUGGGCCUGGAGAAGGUUCACCGCAUCACGGGGGACCGCGACAGCCGGCUGGCCGUGCAGCUGCAGGACUGGGAGGGCAAUGCCGAGUCGCUGCAGUUCCCGGUCCAUCUGGGUGGCGAGGACACAGCCUACAGCCUGCAGCUCACAGCCCCCGUGGCCAAUGAACUUGGUGCCACCACUGUUGCCCCCAGUGGCCUCUCCCUGCCCUUCUCCACUUGGGAUCAAGACCACGACCUCCGUGGGGACAAGAACUGUGCCAAGAGCCUCUCGGGUGGCUGGUGGUUUGGCACCUGUGGCCAUUCCAACCUCAACGGCCAGUACUUCCGUUCCGUCCCACACCAGCGGCAGCAGCGCAAGAAGGGCAUCUUCUGGAAGACCUGGCGUGGCCGCUACUACCCGCUGCAGGCCACCACCAUGCUGAUCCAGCCCACAGCCGCGGACGCAGCCGCCUAGCCUCCCCGCUGGGGCCUGGUUCCCAGGCUCUUUGAGAACAGUGACUUUGACCCUGCCACAUGCAGGGCCUCAAGACACGGGCCAUGUGGAGCCUCGUGGACAGAGGAGAUGCUCACGUCAGGAGGUGCCCCCUUUCUGAGUGGGGGGCUGCAGGCGACAGCCUCUGAAGACAGAGCUCCAGGGUUCCGGGACACAGACCCAGGAAGCGUGAGACGGAGGGGCGCUGAGACCCACUCCUUGGCCGCCUAAGGGGUCGAGGACGCAGAGGGACCACCACGCACGGCAGCCGAGCCAGCGGCUCCGGUCACACUGGCGGGGGGGCUCCCGCGGGCCCCCAGUGACCUCACGGUGCGCCUGUGUGUGGGUGCUGUGGGAUGAGCUGGGGCCAGUGGUAUCCGGGUGGGGCUCACCAAAUUCCUGCAAUAAAAGCAACCUCAGAACAUUG